AUGGAUAGUUUUGACAAAGUUAACGAUGGAGUGAACUCCAACAAGUGUGCAACUGAUGACAAUGUCAGAAUGAGGUCCCUGACAAACAAACCUACAAAGGACAGCCAUGUAUUUGAUGAUGUAUUUAUUUUAUCAAAGAAGUCGAGAAAAAUGAAAGAACUACACCAGGAAUUGCUGGGAAUGGUGGAGGCAAGAGAAAGACGAGAGGAUGACAGUAGGAUGCUUGUCCCCCGGAGAGUUUUUCUGUUUAACGUGGACAUAUUCAAAGACACCCAACAGAUUGAGGAUUUUGAGAAUACUGAUACAGCUCCUCCAGACCCUGGUAAUAGAUUCUCUACUCUGGAAACUGAUGGCUCCCAACAAGGGCCUGUAAAAGCAACUGACGCCAAGUAUUCUUGUGAGGUCAAACCCUCGAAACGCAAUGGUGUUUUCAGUCGCUUGAAGAAAUAUUUUGGAUUCUGAUGAACAUAAUUACAUUGUAAAUCGAAGACGUUAAACUGGAUGUCCUUUGCCGUCAUAUGAUUAUGAAAAUCAUCAGAUCAAAAGAGAAUUAAAUUUGACUCCUUUAUGAAGUUGCAUGUUUUACAACAAAAUUGGUGUCAAAAGUGUUAUUGUUUCUUAAGUUACUAUA